AAAAACACACUUAUAAAUUUCAGAACAAAAUGGAAACUUGACUCACUCAGAAUCAAAAUCAAUCUCUCAUGCACAGACCUCCCACAACUGUCACUCUUCUUCGUCUUUCUAUAUAGAUUCAUUAUUAUCAUCAAAGAAAAAAGGAAAAAAGAGCGAAACUUUCUUGUUUGAUUCAUUGCAUUUUACAUCCCUCAUCAACUUUUUUCCCGUCUCCAUCUCUUUUAUCAAAGCACGUCAUUGCCCACACUGUUGAUUCACAUUAUCUUUCACUCAAAUUGUUCCACUUGGGUUUGCAAAUCUAGCAGGAAUCAACCCCACAUUCAAGGAUUCAAAAUUUAUUCUUGUUUUUGUUCUUUUGCAGUUGUUUUCGUUGAAGCAAUACAACCACGUUGCCUGUGUGUUAGGUGUCAGUGGAAAAGUUUUUAAGAGUUUUUGAAAGUUUCGUAGAAUUUUAGAGCUGGGUUUUUUUGUAUGCACUUUGUCGACAGAAAGUGAGAGAUUGUUGAGAAUUGGCUGAUAAUUUUCGAUCUAAUGGCGGAAUUUGGAGCAAAAUGGCGGGUUUUGAGACCGAUAUUAAUGAUUUUCUUCAACUUUCUGUUAGCUUUUGUGUUUGCUAAAGCCGAAAGAGGCUUAACACUUGAAGCUUCAGGAUUUAAUGGAGGAGAAAAACGUGAAUCAGAUUUUCUUCUCAAAGCCGUAAAUUUCUUAUGGCAAUCUGAUCAAUCUGGUUAUCAACAUGUUUGGCCUGAAAUGAAAUUUGGAUGGCAAAUUGUUCUGGGGAGUAUUAUUGGAUUCUUUGGAGCUGCUUUUGGAAGUGUAGGUGGGGUCGGUGGUGGCGGAAUUUUUGUUCCUAUGCUUACCCUGAUUAUUGGGUUUGAUGCAAAAUCAGCUACGGCUAUUUCAAAAUGCAUGAUUAUGGGUGCGGCAGCUUCAACUGUUUACUAUAACCUUAAGUUAAGGCAUCCUACACUUGAUAUGCCCAUCAUUGACUAUGAUCUGGCUCUGUUAAUUCAACCAAUGCUGAUGCUGGGAAUAAGUAUAGGCGUUGCAUUUAAUGUUGUAUUUGCUGACUGGAUGGUCACAGUUCUACUCAUUGUUCUCUUUUUAGGUACAUCAACCAAGGCAUUUUUCAAGGGUGUUGAGACAUGGAAAAGAGAAACCAUUAUGAAAAAGGAGACUGCAAAGCAUUUGGAAUCCAAUGGUGCUGCCACCACUGAGGUGGUGUAUAAAGCCCUUCCUAGUGGCCCAAGCAGUGACGCUCAAAAGGAAAGCAUGGACCGAGAAGUGACUGUUUUGGAGAAUGUUUAUUGGAAAGAACUUGGACUUCUUGUAUUUGUUUGGGUAGCAUUCCUUGGAAUACAGAUUACUAAGAAUUAUACAUCUACAUGCUCCGUAGCAUAUUGGGUAUUGAACCUUAUGCAGAUCCCACUUUCUCUCGGCGUAUCUCUGCAUGAGGCUGUUAGUUUGUACAAGGGGGAUAGAGUAAUAGCAUCGAAGGGAGAGGAUGGAAAAAGUUUAAAGGUGCACCAGCUUGCCACCUAUUGUGCCUUUGGAGUAUUGGCUGGAGUUGUCGGUGGGCUGCUUGGAUUAGGCGGAGGAUUUAUCAUGGGUCCACUGUUUUUGGAGCUCGGAGUUCCUCCUCAGGUCUCAAGUGCCACUGCUACCUUUGCUAUGACCUUCUCCUCAUCUAUGUCAGUUGUAGAGUAUUAUCUUCUGAAACGUUUCCCCAUCCCCUACGCUCUCUACUUCGUCGCUGUAGCUACCGUUGCUGCUUUUGUUGGGCAGCAUAUUGUUAGAAAACUGAUUAUUUUACUGGGAAGGGCGUCACUUAUCAUUUUCAUUUUAGCUUUUACAAUAUUUGUUAGUGCAAUAUCUUUGGGUGGGCUUGGCAUUUCAAACAUGAUCAAGAAGAUCGAGGCACAUGACUACAUGGGAUUUGAGAACCUCUGCAAUUAUGAUGCAUAGUUUGUAGUUUGUUUGUGUUUCUUUUUUGGAUUAAUUCAUGUAACUGAAAUUCUUUAGGUGCUGUAAUCUUUUUCCUGAGGCUGAAUGUUUAUCUUCUGUUGGUGUGAUGAAAAGGAUGAUUACUAGUUCUAAAAUUUUUGUUA